AUGGUUCCACCGGUUAUUCUUCAUUACCGACUGGUUUUAUCUAUCUUCCACCCGAACUUCUAUCUUUCACUCGAAUCCAUCUUCUACACCUCGCCUGCUUCCCACCGCCACCACAAUUCUCAAUUUUACGUCUCCUUUAGAUUUGAGAAGGACCUACAUCAAUACUUCUUCAGGAUUCGGAAAUCGUCCGACAUCGAUUACACUGCAAACCUCGAUUACACUUCUGGAAAGAUGGAGGGUGAAUUAAGACAUUUGUUGUGCAGGAAGCUUCAUUCUAUUCGUUGGAGUGUUUCCCAUAUUGUUGUUGUAUCAAGUUAUUUUAUUUGUUCUAUAUUGGUAGAUUCUGUAGCUCAAGAAGUUGAAAUCCAAAAGUCUACAAGUUACAUGGUUUUCUUAUAUGGAGGAGUUGGUCCAUUACCUUCAGAUGUUUCCAUUGCAGGAGUUGCCAAAGCUCUUAAUGUUUGUUUGGUUUGCCAUGUGUAUUCUGGAAAAUCGAUAUUUUCAGGAAUAUUGCUACACCUUCUGAGGCAAAUAUCUCAGAAAUAAAUGCAUAAGUUUAACAAUUUUAGGAGUUUAUUACAAUAAGGUAACUGUGAUUUCAUUCACAAUUUUAGGAAUUUAUUACAAUUUUUUUUACCUUUGACAAUGAUGAAUAUAUCGAAGUUUAUUUGUUUUUUUCGUUUUUUUUUUGUUUUUUUUUUUGUAAAACAUGCACCCGUUGCAAAAACACAUGUUCCGAAUACUCAGUUGAAGUGCAAGGUCG